AUGAAUAAUAGCGACCUCCACUAUGCCCGCAUUACCGACAUCGCCGGACUACUGGAGCGCCGGGAGCUUUCGCCGGUUGAGUUGACGAAGCAUAUGUUGGAACGUAUUUCGGCGCUGGACAGUCAGCUCAACAGUUAUCAGACAGUGAUGGCAGGGCAGGCUCUGGAGGCGGCGGCGAAAGCCGAGGCUGAGAUUGUGUCAGGCCGCUACCGCGGCGCGUUGCACGGCAUUCCAGUGGCGGUAAAAGAUCUCUGUUUUACACGCGGGGUGCCGACAAGGGGUGGCUUGGCGGUGCUUAAGGAUUUUGUCCCGGAUUACGAUGCAACGGUUGUUCAGCGCCUUGAAUCCGCAGGUGCGAUCCUGCUGGGCAAACUCAACCUGACCGAGGGGGCGAUGGUGGGCUACCAUCCGGAUUUCAAGAUCCCGGUAAACCCCUGGGACAGCACUCUAUGGGCAGGCGCUUCGUCCAGUGGUUCCGGUGUUGCGACCGCCGCGGGUCUGUGUUUUGCCGCCCUGGGAUCCGACACAGGCGGAUCCAUUCGCUUUCCUGCAUUGGCUAAUGGUGUGGUGGGUCUCAAACCCACCUACGGCAGGGUAAGCCGGCACGGCGUGUUGGAUCUUGGAGAAACACUCGACCACGUGGGACCGCUUACCCGGGGCGUCGAGGAUGCGGGUCUGGUUCUGGCUGCCAUCUCAGGUCAGGAUAAAGCCGACCCAACCUCUCUGCCGGCACCUUUACCAGACCUUUCGCAGAUCAGCGCCGGCGUUGCGGGAUUGCGGAUCGGUUACGAUUCCGGGUUCGCCAGCCAGGGCACCGACCCUGAGCUUCUGGCAUCCAUUGAAGCGGCACUGGCACUGCUGGAAUCUCUUGGUGCCAGUGUUGUGAACGUGGAGGUUCCGCCAGAGAUACUGACCAUGGGCGAACUGUGGUUCCCCAUCUGCACCUAUGAAGCCCACAAGGCUCAUGCGUCUACCUAUCCCUCCCGGCGCGAGGAGUACGGCAACUACUUCAGAGAAUUUCUCGACAUUGGUGCGUCUGUGACUGAUGCACAGUAUAACGAGGCCAUGGCUGCACGGCGCGACUUCAGUGAGCGCUAUGAAUUGGUACUGGCCUCGGUUGAUGCAAUGCUGAGUCCGGCCGGUGGGGUGACAAUGCCAAUUCCUGCAGAUCAGUACGGUGGAGCGGAAGCCCUGGCACCCCUGUUUGGUCAGGUCCAGAUGCAUUUCACUAUCCCUGACGACUUCUCUGGUACGCCAACACUCACGCUGCCCUGCGGCAAGGAUAAAUCCGGCAUUCCCCACGCCAUGCAGCUCGUUGGCAAAACACUGUCAGAAGCUACGCUUUGUCGUAUUGGCAGUGCUUAUGAAUCGGCAACCGACUGGCAUCAGCGUCGACCGCCUUUGUUGUGA